AUGUACGAUGCCCACCUGCGCGACAGAUAUGUGGAGAAUCUCACUGAGCUGCUGAAAGAGGAGAAGGAGAGGCUGCUGGGAGGAAACUUAACAGUGGCGAGUUCACAGCCACCGCAACCUGCGGAGCCGGAGCCCGACGCGGAGCUGCAACAACAACAACAAACUCAGCCCCAAGAACCAGAGCAGGUGCAGCUCUUAGAGGAUGGUAAUGUUACAGCGGGUGGGAUGCCAGCCUGUAGUGAUGCACAGUGGAAAGAUGAAGAGAUUGACAAGUGGCUCAGCAUGGACUCUACUUCACCUCCUCCUCCUUCUCUCGACAACAUCAGAGAGGAGCACGGUGAUCUGCCGGAAGAAGAGGAUGUGGAGUACGAAGAGGACGAAGAGGACGAAAAUGCAGAGAUAGAAGAGGCGGCCGAGCUUGAAGGAGUUGAUGAGGAAAAUCAGGGGGACCAUGCUCUGUCAUCAUCAACACUAACAGCAUCGCCAUCAUCACUUUUGCCACAAACGGCCGAAGAAGAAGAAGAAGCGGCUUCACUUGAAGAAGGUGAAAUAGAAGCUCAGGUGGACCAACCUGUGCCGUCAUCACUAACACCAUCACCGCCACCAACACCACAACCAAUUGCAUCGCAAACGGAAAAAGAUGUGACUGGGGCUGUUCAAGAGGAAGUUCUGCAUGACAACAACAACAACAACGCACUGGCCGCUGAACUGAGCUCCUUCUCUUUGGACGCCCCCAGCAGCGGCCCAGAACUGGUCCAGCAGCAGCAGCAGCAGCAGCAACAGCAGCAGACUUCCUCUUCUAAAGGAUCGGCCCUUGGCGACAACAGAGAAGAGUACGGUGGUUUGCCGGAAGAAGAGGAUGUUGAUUACGAAGAGGACGAAGAGGCGGCUGAACUUGAAGGAGUUGAUGAGGAAAAUCAGGGAGACUCUGAAACUCUGUCAUCAUCAACUCUAACAGCAUCGCCAUCAUCACUUUUGCCGCAAACUGCAGAAGAAGAAGAAGAAGAAGCGGCUUCACUUGAACAAAGUGAAAUAGAAGCUCAG